CUGUGCGCUAGUGUGGUUGCGGCGCAUGCUGCCAUCACGCGCGUGGAGAGAACCAGCGAGGGACACAGCCAGCGAGAGAGAGAGAGAGAGAGAGAGAGAGAGAGGGUGUUGCAAGUAUGCAUUAGCAUCGUUGCCUGUCCCCUAAUUCUGGCUUUCGCCCAGUCUCCCUGUCAGGCGUGGUCACCUCCAUCGCCAGCGCCGGCGUUAUUCCCUCCCGCUGCCUUUACUCUUCUCGCAGCAUUGACUGGCAGGACCUUGGGGUGCUGGAGGGAGAAUUUGCUCCUGAGAGGUAGAGUUUGUGGUUUGGCGUCGUCGGUACUGCCCCCCCUGAGGUGUUGCGACAGCGGGUUGGAUAUUGAGGAGCUUGCCACCGGCGUCCUUGAGGAUUCUUCGUUUUGCAUCAGGUUAGCUCUGGAAUUGGGUGGUUGCUUGGAUCGCCUGCAGUGAAACGAAUAGGGAGGGUACUUGGUGUGUUAGUGCAGGGAAGCUUGGAUUUGUUGAAAUUGGUUCUGAGGGUUUUGGAGUCCCAUUGGAUUGCGGGAUGACUUGUGGAUUUGGGUCAAGGGCAUGCCUGCACGGUGGAAACAACGAUUACGUGGGGCAAUUUACCGAUAGCUUUCCGGAGCUUGGAGGUACGGUACAUGAUGUCCAUUUCCUUGAGAUGAACAGUGGCACUAUUGCCGGAUAUUUUUCUUGAUGCGGCUUAUCGUGGCGGUGGUUUGAGGCGACGUACAAGUGCAGUAGCUCCUCGAAAGCCAGCAUUUCAGGAGAGCGUGGUUCUAGGUCAGGCAUUCUAACAGUGUGCGGAUAGAACAGCAAGAGAACUAGAGAUGGUUUUUAAGUUCAAGCGCGUGAUGCAGCGCGGGACCAAGGGUAAAACCGAUGAUAAAACCGAUGCAUCCGCUUCGGCACCCGAUGUCGUAAGUCAGGCAGCGGGCAGCAGAGUUGGUAACUAUGCCGUGGGAGCUCCAGCAUCAGCUGGGGUCCCUGCUAGCAGUAAGGUUGGUGGUGCUGCAGCAGCUGUGCAUCCGGUGGGGAAAUUUGGAGCAGUGGUGAAGCAGCCGACCCCAAGCUUCGAGACCCUGCCGUCGUUCAGAGAUGUGCCGACGUCGGAUAGACAGAAUUUGUUCGUUCGAAAGCUGGCUCUGUGCUGCCGCACGUUCGAUUUCACGGAUCCGACGAUGGAUGUGAAGGAGAAAGAAAUCAAGCGGCAGAUGCUGCUGGAGCUGGUGGACUACGUGACCUCUGGGUCGGGGAAGUUCACGGAAGCGGUCUUCGAGGACAUCACGAGGAUGCUGGCAGCCAAUUUGUUCCGAACCCUGCCUCCGUCCUCCCACGAGAAUAAGGGUUCGGAGAGUUUUGACGCGGAGGAGGAAGAGCCGACUAUGGAGCCGGCGUGGCCACACCUGCAGAUCGUGUACGAAUUUCUGUUGCGGUACGUGGUGUCGAGUGAGACGGACGCGAAGCUGGCGAAGAGAUACAUUGAUCAUUCGUUCGUGCUGAGACUGCUGGACCUGUUCGACAGCGAGGAUCCUCGGGAGAGGGAAUACCUGAAGACGAUAUUGCACCGGAUAUACGGGAAGUUCAUGGUGCACCGGCCCUUCAUACGAAAGGCCAUCAACAACAUAUUUUACAGGUUAAUAUUUGAGACGGAGAAGCACAACGGGAUCGCGGAGCUUUUGGAGAUACUGGGGAGCAUCAUCAAUGGGUUCGCGCUGCCCCUGAAGGAGGAGCACAAGGUAUUUUUGGUGCGGGCGCUGAUCCCGCUGCACAAGCCAAAGUGUGUGUCGAUGUACCAUCAGCAGCUGUCGUACUGCAUUAUCCAGUUCGUGGAGAAGGACUUCAAGCUGGGGGAUGUGGUGAUAAGGGGGCUGCUGCGGUACUGGCCGAUGACGAACAGUCAGAAAGAGGUGCUGUUUCUGGGGGAGUUGGAAGAGGUGUUGGAGGCGACACAGAGCGCAGAGUUUCAGAAGUGCAUAGUCCCGCUGUUUCGACAGAUCGGUCGGUGUCUGAACAGUUCGCAUUUUCAGGUUGCAGAGCGUGCGCUGUUUUUGUGGAAUAAUGAUCACAUUGUGAGCCUAGUGGCCCAGAAUCGACAGGUGGUGCUACCAAUCAUCUUUCCUGCUCUAGAGAGGAACACACGAAGCCACUGGAAUCAGGCCGUACACGGGUUGACGCUGAACGUGCGCAAAAUGUUUGUGGAGAUGGAUCAGGAGCUAUUCCAAGAAUGCCAACGCAAGUAUGAGGAAGAUGAAGCCAAGGCCAAAGGAGUGGGAGAAAUGCGGGAUUUAACAUGGAAACGACUGGAGAUUGCCGGGAACCCGCGUAGUAAUGUUGGUAGUCAACACACUUUUGCAUCGUCGCAUGAUGUGCCAAAUUCAACCACAGUCCCAAAGAAUGCAGCAGCAGGGACCAGAGCCUCAGUAGCGGCUUAGGGUAUUGCUCGAAUUGUGGAGAAGUAGCGUUAUUUCCUCUAGCGUGAAGCGGGCUAUUGCCAAGAUGCAGGUUAAGCUUGCAUUUUCUCUCUUCUGCUCCUUCGGAAAGGGGUUGUCUGCCUCCCCAGUGAUCCUGACGAGGGUGCUUCUUCGUUUCGGUUGCAAGUGAGUAAAGGUGUCAGGGUUGCAGCAGACCGGGAGUGGUGCUAACACAAUGGCAAAGUCGGACUGGGCAAGGGUCUGAAGGGUAGGAUUGAGUUUUGUUGAAACUCAGGGUAAAAGCAGGAUCAGGGAACGUCUGUGCUAAGAGACGUGCAGAUUGCAUAUGCGGUAAUAUCCAAGUUCUAUCUUAUCAUCUUCCAACAUUUUUGUUAUUUGCUCGUGAUAUAAUUAGGGUGCAUCAGGGGAUUAAAAUGAGGUAAGAUUGUACGAUUAGUAGGUGUUUGUUUUUGAGCAGGGCAUCUGCUUUUAUUGUUUUUUGUAUAGAAAACUUAGGAACAUACCCUUAGGAGCUUGAAUAGCUGUGCCCAAGUGCAUGAUGGCAUUUGUUACUUGUGAUGGUUGGUGAGUGAGUCAAAAAGUUGUGGAGAUUUGGCAAGUAACCGGAUUUUUUUCUCUUAUUGGAAGUAUGUAGGGAGGGGAGGGGUCGUUGAGAGAUUUGUACGCAGGUUAAACUUAAAAUGCAAUGUUGAGCAUUUCAGUACACGAAGAUUGAUAACUUGCGUGAGAAAGCAUUCCAGCUGUGGAGAGGUGCAUUGUUUACCCAGAGCUUUAGUGAUCAGUUUCCUUUUUUACUGAUCAAUUACCUUGUGGCGACUUGAGAGUGUUUGUCAUCAGUAGAUGCACAAAUCUCGCUUUUGUGAACAAAUGAUUAUAUUGUUAGAUUCUUUUGUGAACGCUUGGCUUAGUCCGAAUAGCUUAACUUAAUGUAUAAUUUACUGUUUUAGUAGGUUAGCGAGCAUAUGAUAGAUAUUCUUGCAUUCUCUGGAAAGCUGCGUAAACGUGACUUCCCUAUUUUGAGGUUGGAUGGACCAACACAUGGUCAAUUCUUCGUUGAGGAUCGAGACCAAAGUUCUUUCAACGCCAGCGAUGAAGAAGAUUGACAUCUAUGUUGGCUUUUCCUGAUUAAUAUGCGAGUGAUAAAUAAGCUUUAUUGCCAUUUCAUCA